GGUCCCCAUCGGAAACUGCUUAAUGGGUGACUCAGUGAUCGAAAAAUGGCGAAGAAGGGAGGAGUCCAGCAGCUCCAGGCGGACCUCAGCACCGACGAGGAGUUCGAGAAGUUCCUGCAGCGGCCCGGAUUGCUGGUGCUCGACAUAUACUCGGAAUGGUGCGGCUCGUGCCUGGGCAUGGUGGGCAGCCUUCGGAAGAUCAAGCUCGAACUUGGAGGGGAUAACCUGCAGCUGGCCAUCUGCAAGGCCGGUUCCAUCUCCUAUUUGAAGCGGUUCAACAGGAAGAGCGAGCCCACCUGGAUGUUUGUUACAAAUGGCAAGGCCAUCAACAUCAUGUUCGGCACGGACGUGCCGAAACUGGUGGUCAUGAUCACACGGAUGCUGCAGUCGACGAUGGCCAAGGAGUCGCACGUGAGCUACGAGAUCACUGAGCUGCAGCCGAUCGAACUGGAGCAGCAGGAGGUGCGCAACAAGGCGCUGCGCCUGGCCGAGGAGAUCGAGCUGGCGGAGAGCCGCCGGAAGAGGCUGGAGUACCUGCACAGCGUCACCGAUUGCAUCAUGGCCAACCUGCCCGACAUCGGGAUCACAGUGUUCGGGCCGCAGGUGAACCGCGACAUGUUCAAGAAGCUCUCGGAGCCGGCCGAUCCGCUCAAGAUCCAGUGUAAGGACCGCAAGGUCUUCCCCAUCUUGCCCUGCGACUUCGCCACCGUCAACUUCGCGGCCGAGAAUCCGCUGGCUCCGGAGGUCAUCGAGCUGCUCUACGACAAGGAGUUGCUCAUGUGCUUCUGGAAGGUGGAGGAGGUCCUGGGCAGUCCGCCCUCCGUGCUCCGGCAGUACGCCCACGAGCUGACCAAGGAGACCAUCAAGCCCCCGGACGAGUUCAACGAGGAGGAGAUCACCGUGCCACCCAUAAUUGUGCCGCUGGAGGUGACCGUGGAUGUUCCCGAGACAGAGCCAACGAAGGAGGAGCAGGAGGAUCAGGGCGCUGACCAGUUGGGCGAUGCGGGGGAAGGCGAGGAAGCGGAUACGGAGGUGGAGGCAUCUUCUGCUCCAGUUCCUGUUCCAAAGCCCGAUCUUAAGAAGACCAAGACCAUCCGAAUACCCCCGAUCUGGGUGCCCACUGACCAGCGCACCCAUGCCGCCCUCAUCUACACUUACUUUCGGACCCAGACGUCCACCUUUCUUCCGCCCGAUCCCGUUCCGGAGCCACCGCACAUCGUGAUGAUUUUCGACGCCUACAAGAAGAAGGACCUGGCCAUCCUUCUGGAGACCUGUCGCGAGGACAUUCCGCUUUACGGCUUCUUCACCGGCGAGAAUCCACAGACGGCGGUGUUCAUUGCCAACUCGGUGGAGAAGUACAAUGCCAAGCCCUAUGUGCCCACCGACAAGAUCGUGCUGAAGGUGAACAAGGUCAGUAGUCCGACCAUCCCCACCCUGAUGGCCUACAGUCCCAGCUACGUCAGCACCAACUCGGUGGUCGGCCACAAGGAGGCCACCCAGUUCUUUCCCGCCAAUUACAAGUCCGCCCUGCAGGAGGAGGAGGAGCUGCACGCCGUUAAGGCCGAGAAGCCGAAGAAGCGCAAGAAGAACAAGAAAGGAGGCGACCCCGAGGAGAGCGGCAAGGUGGACGCCGGACUGGCGGAUGCGCAACAGGAGGCGGACGAGGCGGUGAAGACCUCGCCGGAGGAAGGCGCCUCUACGACGAGCAGCGGCGAGGACAGCUGUGAGAGUCGUCCUGCAACGGCCGAUGGCACCAAUCCCGAUGGUCCGCAGGCCACAUAG